AUGACGUUAUUUAUCUUUUACUUGACAACAAUGUUGAACUUAACUUUAAAGACUCCUCUGUGGCUAGCGGCUAAGUUAGGACAGGCCGCUAUUAUUAAGGCGCUUUACAAACAGAAGGCAAACAUUUAUGCUAGCAACGCCUUUGAAAUAACACUGCUAUAUGCUGCCGCGCAAGGGGGGCACCUUGAUGCUGCUAUGGAGUUGCUCCAAUGUAGUGCUACACUUGACAUUAAGAUAAAAGAUGGUGAAGGGGAAACGCUGCUAUCUCUUGCCUCUAAAAUGGGAUAUUAG